AUGUUGGCUCUACCCAUGGAACUGGAGCGUCCUUCGCCAGGUUCAGCGACCCUCGAGGAUGUCCUGGCAUCGCUGCUCGGAUUACCCACUGAGCCCAGCAACAGGUCCUCAUCAGGUAUGAGCCUAGAUCCUAAUAGCAAUGUGAGAGAUUUUCGGGUUACAGAUAGUAAUAAAAAGGAGGAUGCCAAUUCCCUGACAGUGGAAUCCGUCCCGCUGCGCCGCCACAGCGAAGGUGACGCCCAGAAGCGCUGCGCCACGGACAAGAGUCAGACAUCGCGACGCGUGAGUCUGGACUCGUCGGAUGCGAGCGCCGGCACCGCCAAGGGCACGGAAAUGCUCAAGUGUCGGUACCACAAGUGUGAGUCCACUGCCACCGUGGCGGACGCGAAAAGGUACUACAAGAGCUGCCACAAUUGCUCGCAUCUGUACUGCUCCCGGGAGUGCCGGAGGGCUCACUGGGAGCGCCACAGGAAAGCUUGCCUCCACUUGCGGGUGUCGACACUGUGCCGGCAGGUGCUGUCGGCCUGCAAGGAUGAGCCGGACACAUUGCGAAAUCUCAGUCUGCUGGCGAAGCGUGGCUAUCUGUCGCAGGGGCGCGGCGUGGUACGGAUUCUCUUUCGGAGUCCCGAGGCGGCCGAGAUGUUCAUCAAGCAGGGCUUCCAGAGCCUCGGUGAGACUACCUAUGUACGCUGGCCCGAUCUCAUGCCAGCCGAAAUGGGACCAGAGCUAUACUCUGAGCUGCUGCGCCUCAGUACAGAGUACAAGCCCGAGACCAAGAUGCUCAUCUACGUGGCCAUUUGUGUGGUAUCUGAAGCCCCUGGACCAGCUGCAACAGCUGCACCGGUCAAGUGGGAGCGACAGUUGGUGUCGCGCUGUGCCAAGCUCAAGAUCUGCAAGACUGUCCUCAGUGAUCUGGCCAACCUCAAACCGGCAACUCAUAAGCCCGAAGAGGACAUGGAUAUCCUCAUUCUCACUUUUGGGGGCGUUCGGAGGACACAGGGGCAGAACCGUGAGGUGAUUCUGCACAAUGUCCAGGGCAUUCUCAAGCAGAGAGGUGUGAAUCUGCGCAAAAACUACCCCGAUGUCUUCCAGAGGCUCAGUACUUUUGUGGAUGGGACGGCAGAGCGUUUUUUGCCCGUUACCCUGCAUCCGAAGGACUCCAGCACCGGACGCACCUUUGUAUGCAUCAUCAUGCCGCACAGUGGAGAUCCGGAUCAGCUCAAAAUGCCAAAUUCAGACGUCGGCAACCACGUUCAAGUCGUCAAUGUCAGUCUGGAGCACCUGGAUCAGCUCUCAGCGACAGCCAAGUGAAUCAUUCACAUUCCCGCUCUAAGCCCUUUAGGCUCCUUAUUCUCGAAUAUGCAGAAAAAUGGGCACUCAAUGGGUCAAGUGGUAGAGCGCUCGCUCUAUGAUGCAAGUGUCCCGGGUUCGAAUCCCCUUUAGGUCACCAGGAAUUUUUCUGACGUUAAAGGUAUUCGGAUUGCAUCCAGUGAGCUUCACUGCAUUUGAUUCCACGAGCAUGGGACUCACAACAUCAUCCCGUACAAGAAAAAAUAAUAAUGCAUGUCUAGAAAUCCCCUUGCGGGAAGGCCUUGUUCCUUCAUGAAAUGUUGUGCCAGCAUUAUUAUUAUUAUUAUGCAGAAAAAUAACAUCUCGAGAGUAUUCCUGAAUUUCUUUUUCAAUUAUAAAAUCAGUCAAUAGUUUGUUAGCAUAAUUUCGCCAUAUUGAAAAUAAACGUUUUCUAUUAAACUGGUGAAUUAAAUUGAAAUAAUUUCAUUUAAAUUUAUCGGCAGCAUUGGUAGCUUUGGUAUAAUUAAUUGAGUGAUCAAUUUGAAUACCAUUAAAAAACAACAAUACAUACAAUUCAUCAAAAA